UGAUCUGGGGAUGAUAGCAGCUGGUGGUUGAGUGAGUGCCGGGAUGAUAGCAGCUGGUGGUUGAGUGAGUGUCACGAUGCAACUAUAAUAACAGCUGUCAGUGAGUGAGUGAAUGGGCGAGAGAUGGUGGACAGCAGCUGCUGGGCCGCAUCGUGAAAGUAGUGAGAGGCAGUAGCCAUAUGGGAUGCUUGCCUCUUGGUUAAUGAACCUGCCACUCUGACAAGUCGGGUACCUUUCAGCUUAUAACAUGUCCAGAAGUUCAUGGAGACAUCAGUUAACAAUUGAUGAUGUAUAUGACAAAAUUGGACACUUCGGCUCUUCCCAGAAGGUGUAUUUUGCCCUGCUAUGUGUUCUUCAUGGGUGGUGUGCUUUUCACCAGUUACUAACUGUGUUUGUUGGUUUGGACCCAACAUUCAAGUGCUAUGCCAAAGAUGGAGAGCCCAAAAGUGAACCACUCAUCAAUCAAUGUUUUGACGACAGUCCACAAAACUGUACAAUUACCUAUACGACAGAGUACAAAUCUUUUGCAUCCGAGUGGAACUUAAUAUGCAGUGAAAAGUAUAAAGUGGCUUUGGUGCAGUCAGUAUGGAUGGGAGGAGUAAUGACGGGGGCCCUCUUGCUUGGUGGUGUAGCUGAUGUAAUAGGACGAUUGAAAACACUAAUGAUUGCGCUCCUGGGAACCAUAGCAUUCGAGGGCUUUAGUGCCUUUGCUCCAACAUUCAUGGUCAUGGUAGUAUUACGUUACCUGGGAGGAAUAUGCUGUUCGUUGGUAAUCCUUGUGAGCUUCGUCCUCUCACAAGAGUUAGUUGGCAUGGAUUGGAGGAGCUUUUGUGGCAUCUUUGUAGCUAUGUUUUUUGCUGUUGGAAUAGGGGUGUUCGCAGCCAUUGCAUCGGUGAUGGACACGUGGCGAACUCUAACAUUUGUUUGCUCCGUCUCGGGAAUAAUGUUCUUAAUUCUUCCAUGCUACAUUCCAGAAAGCCCACGGUGGCUUGCCUCCCAGGGCAGGAAUGAUGAAGCAAAAGAUAUCUUGGAAGGGAUGGCCAGGAGGAAUGGUAAACUUGGCAGUCUUCCAACUAACUGGGAGAUUUCCAUCACUGGAAACAACAAAGAUGAGAAUGACAAGAAGCCACAGGGAGUCGGCAUUUUGGUUAGCCAUCCUUAUGUGCUCCUCCUUACACUUAUUCAGAUAUACUCAUGGUUCGUCAACAGUGCAACAUACUAUGGCCUUACCAUAGCGGCUAGUAACCUAGGAGGUGAUGCUUAUGUGUCAACAGCUUUGAGUGGCCUUAUUGAGAUCCCAGCAUGUGUUGUUGCUAUUGCUAUCAUUGACAGAAUUGGUCGACGACUGACUCUGUGUGGGUUUAUGAUGAUUGGCGGGUCAGCUUGUUUGUGCAUUCAGUUUUUACCUACGUCGUUUUCCAAUGUAAAAACAUUGUUAGCCCUUUGUGGUAAACUGAGCAUCUCUGCUAGUUUCUCUGUGUGCUAUAUUCAUAGUGCUGAAAUUUUUCCUACUGCAAUACGAAACUCUGGCAUGGGCAUCGUUUCAGUUGCUGCAAGGGUUGGUGGUAUGCUAGCACCACUGAUUUUAAUGUUGGGAGACAUUUUACCAAACCUGCAGUUUACAGCUCUUGGUAUAAUGACUUUUGUGGCUGGAGUCCUUAAUCUUAAGUUACCCGAGACUCUUGGCCAACCAAUGCCGGAGAGUGUGGCUGACAUACUUGCUCUGAGGAAUGCUGGGAAGACAGGUAGCAUCAGCAAGGAUUAUCAGUAUAAUAAACUGGAAACUGGAGAUGAAGAUACAGAAGAAGUAAUUGUGAGACCUCGGAGUCCUUUCAUGAGAAGCAAAACCAUGACUGAAGAUCAAAUGCCUCUAAUUGAAGAGUAAAAAAGGAAUGAAUGUAAAAUAGUGUUGUCCAGAAUCUUUUCAAAGAUUGAUUUUGAAUGUGGCAAUAAGGUAGGUGCUAACCAUGUACUGUAUAUAUAUAUAUAUAUUGUAUAUUACUCGUUGGGGACAUUGUGCUGUGCAAUGAGUAGGAUACACACUAAUAAAUUGCAAACAAUUUAUUGGAAUUACAGACUAGUAUUUAUUUUCAAUCAUAAUAUUUGAUUUGUAUCUAUUUAAAAAGAUAUAAAAUGUAAUUUUUAAUUUUUGACAAAAGAAUAAAAUUGUAUGUCUAGCUGUAGCACAAAUGGAACUUCAACUAUCUCCAGGGCAAUGUAAGGAUGGGAUGGGCUGCAUCUUGAUUUGUUCCUAUUUGGCCGUCUAUCAAAUUUUAAUAGUAAAGUAUUUGGUGGGUGUUGUAUUUACAUGUUCAAGAUGUUAGUUUUUAUUAUUA